AUGGAAGAGUCAUUGCAAGGGUGGCGUGAUGUGAAGCGACUUAUCGGCCGGCGUUUCUGCGACAAGUCAGUUCAAGGAGAUCUCAAGACGUGGCCCUUCAAAGUUGUGUCAGGUCCCAGGGACCGGCCGAUGAUCGUGGUGCAGUACAAGGAUGAGGAGAAGCAGUUUGAGGCCGAGGAGAUCUCGGCAAUGAUUCUCAAAAAUAUGCGGGAGACCGCCGUGGCCUACCUCGGCACGGAGGUGAAGAAUGCGGUCAUUACCGUCCCAGUCUACUUCACCGAUUCACAGCGCCAAGCUACCAUUGACGCCGGCACCAUUGCUGGCCUCAAUGUCCUGCGCAUUAUCAAUGAGCCCUCUGCCGCCGCGGUCGCCUAUGGGUUCGGCAAGAUGACCGACAGUGAGGAAGUUAAGACUGCGCUCGUGUUUGAUCUUGGUGGUGGUACCUUGGACGUCUCUAUUGUCAACAUCGAUCCCGGUGCAGACAUCGACAUGGCCGUCUUCAAGGUCAUGGCUACGGCCGGUGACACCCACCUCGGUGGCGAGGAUUUCAACAGCCUCAUGGUGAAACACUUCGUGCGGGAGUUUCUUAAGAAGUACAAGACGGAUGACAUCAGGAAGAACCCAAAGGCGCUUCGACGUCUUAGGACGGCAUGUGAGAAGGCCAAGAGGAUGCUCUCCAUCACGUCGCAGGCUACCGUUGAGAUUGAGUCUCUCCACGACGGCAUCGACUUCUACGGGGCCAUCAGCCGCGCAAAGUUCGAGCAGCUCAACAUGGACCUCUUCCGCAAGUGCAUCGAACACGUCAAGAAAUGCCUCGGUGAUGCCGAUAUGGACAAGUCCCAGAUCCACGACGUCGUGCUCGUGGGUGGCUCCACCCGGAUCCCCAAAGUUCGACAGCUGCUCCGGGAGUUCUUCGAUGGCAAAGAGCUCUGCACGAGUAUCAACCCCGAUGAGGCCGUCGCCUACGGUGCCGCUGUACAGGCCUCCACCCUUAGCGGCGACGACAAUGAAGUGCGGGAUGUACUCCUGCUUGAGGUCACACCGCUCUCACUUGGGGUGGAGACGGUAGGUCGUGUCAUGAGCGUGCUGAUACCCAGGAACAGCACCAUCCCUGUCAAGAAGGAGGACAUUUACUCGACCUGCUCCGACAACCAGACCAAUGUACUCAUCCAGGUGUACCAGGGCGAGGGCGAAGGAACCAAGGACAACAUCCUCCUCGGCAAGUUCACUCUCGGUGGCAUCCCCCGUGCGCCCAGGGGAAAGCCAAAGAUCAACGUCACCUUUGAAAUUGAUGCAGACAGCAUUCUUAAGGUAACGGCGGAAGACAUGAGUACGCCAAACAAGAAGAACGUCACUAUCACCACUGACAAGGGGCGGCUGACCGCGGAGGAGAUCAAGCGUAUGGUGCGUGAUGCCAACAGGUACAAUUCAGAGGACAAUGAGGAAACGGAGGAAAAAUUUUUUUAA